AUGCGCUUCCCACCACCCGGGACCACUGUCCGUCCCCCCAUAAUACGCAUCACCAACGGCACUUUUUACCGGCACCAACCUUCCUCCCACGGCCACGGCCACGGCCACCCCAACCCACCACUCUUCUCCAACCUCACUCUCGAUAUCCCCUCCCAUCCUUCGUCUCCGCACAACUGGGCCAUCCUCGGCCCCUCCCAAUCCGGAAAGACCAGCUUCCUGCAACUCCUCCGCGGCCAAUACCUCUGCUUCCCGCCCACCGCUCGCUCCUUUCCCUACCUCUCAACCGAAGACGUCCCCGCCCGGCUGAGAGGAAACCCAGCCAAAGCGAUUCAGUAUGUCGGGUUCGACGCCACUUCCACGUCCGGGGGUCUAGGGGCAGCGGCGUCCAGUUACAUUUCUGCGCGGUACGAAAGUCACAGGGAACAGACGGAUUUUUCGGUGAAGGAUUGGUUGUUGGGCAACACGGAACUUAACCCGACUUCGAUGCCGGGGGAUUACAAGGUGGACGAGAAGUUGUUUGAACGGGUGGUUGUUGAUUUGCGGCUGGACACCCUUCUCGACCUCCCCGUCUCGUUUCUUUCCAACGGACAGGGCCGCAGGGCCAGGAUCGCGCGAGCACUCUUCAAAGACCCGGAGGUCUUAUUGCUGGAUGAACCCUUCAUGGGACUGGACCCGGCUACGGUCGCGGGCUUGAGUCCCUUGCUGCAAAGUCUAGCGGAGAAGAAGAGUCCGCGGUUGGUGUUGGCCGCAAGACCACAGGAUCCCUUGCCGGAGUGGAUCACGCACCUGGUGUAUCUGCGGACAGACAGCCAGGUGGGCGCGAUGGGCGAGCGUGGGACCGUAUUGGAUGGUUUGAGGGCCUACGUGCGCGGAGUAUGGAAGGGCGGACUUUCUGAAGACGAAACAAUGCCUGUUCAUGCUCUCAUCGACAUCGGCCGCACCUUGACGAAGGAUGGUAUCAAAGGGGAGGGACUAGCCGAGGCACUUACCCGCUCCCCAACCAACCAAGCACCCAUCAUCGACUCCGCCCCUGUUCCCAAGACCGAAAAAGAGGAAGCAGAAAAAGAACCUCUAGUUGAAAUGUCCGGCGUCACCGUCCGCUACGGCUCCAAGACUGUUCUCGGCAACUGGCCUUCGGGCCUCCACUGGACCGUCCGCCGCGGCUCCCGGUGGGGCGUCUUCGGUCCCAACGGCAGCGGCAAAACCACCAUCGUCUCGCUACUCUGCUCCGACCAUCCACAGACUUACUCCCUCCCCAUCAAACUCUUUGGGCGGUCCCGCUUGCCCGAACCCGGAUCCGGUCAACGCCCCUUAACUUUCUGGGACAUCCAAUCGCGCGUCGGCCACUCCAGUCCCGAAAUCCACCAGUACAUGCCUCGCCGGCUAACCGUCCGCUCCGUUCUUGAAUCCGCAUGGGCCGACACUUUUUCCUCCGUCCCCAAACUUACCCCUGAAGCAACAGAAAAAGUAGACGCCACUCUAUCCUGGUUCGCACACGAACUUAACCCAUCCUUUGCCAAACGUUCGCACCACACUCCCGUCGAAUUGGCUCAGGCAGACGACGACGAAGCAAAUCUGAAGUGGGCAAAAGAUUACCAAUUCGGCGAAUUACCCUUUUCUUCUCAGCGCUUACUUCUCUUUUUGCGCGCUAUUGUCAAAAACCCCGAUAUCGUCGUCCUCGACGAGGCCUUUAGCGGGAUGGACGAUGCCGUCCGCGACAAAUGCAUGCUUUUUUUGAUGCACGGAGAGAACAAGACUUUUGCUUCUUCUACCGCCUCUACUCCUACGACCAAGAAGGCGGGUCUAUCGGUAGCUCCUGUGGAAGUGGUAGAUAGCGAGCAAGCCAAGGCAGGUAAAGUCAAGGUGCAUGGGUUGACGGACGAGCAGGCCUUGAUUUGCAUUAGUCACAUUAAGGAGGAAGUCCCCGAUUGCGUAAGGGAGUGGGUGUGUUUGCCUGAGGCGAGCAGUGGGCUGGAGGCGAGGUUUGGGAGGUUGGAUGGCCCGUUGAGGUUGAGUGGUAGGCGGUGGGGGGAGGUUUGGGGGGUUAAUGGGAGUUGAAAUCAAGUUGUGUAGACUUUUGAGGGCAAAAGUAUGGUGGAGAUAGAGAAAAUGAUACAUGGUAGUUGACUUGAAUUGAAGUGGGCUGUUAAGAGUGAUGUGAUUGAUUGAAGGGGACUUGAGGAAGAAUCAAUGUAAGAAACGGAUUAAUAUCAAGUUGUAUCUAUGUUGUUUGGAGGAGUGAUUGUUUGGAUGAGUCAUGAUAGGUUUG